AUGCGCCGAUCACACCCAAUCCUCUGGCUUGCUUCUUUGAGCUGUCUUGUUGCGGCUGAUUGUUGGUCACCGCCGGACGGCCCCUCUCUGUAUGAAAAUGGCUCCUACGCCACGGACGUUCUUGUGCUGGCGGGCAAUGAGACGUGGACGAACUACCCGGACAACGAGGGAUCUUCUGGCAAUAGCACCCACACUUUCAAGAAGCGUGCUGAGGAUUUCUACUUGCGGAUCCUUCCGCUCGGUGCAUCAAUCACCAGGGGCGUCUUCUCGAGCGACAACAACGGCUAUCCUAAGGCGUUGCGCGAACAACUAAGGUUUGAGGGCUGGAAAGUCAACAUGGUUGGGUCCAAGCAGGAUGGCACUAUGGCUGAUAACGACAACGAAGGCCAUCCGGGCGCCUGGGUGCACCAAGUGAAUGAGAAAUUUCGCCUUUCGUCCAACCAGAAACCCAAUCUCGUAUUGGUCAACGCUGGAACGAAUGACUGCGAGAACCGCCAGGACCCAGAGACUACAAUCAAGAAUAUGAGGACAAUGAUCGAUGAGAUAUUCAAGACACUACCGGACACAACGGUCAUCCUCUCGUCUCUGGUCAAAAGUGGAAAGGACGAUGGCAUCAAGGCCUGCGCUGCAGCCGUGAGCCAAGGAUAUCGCAACCUGGUCUACACGACGUAUCGUGGCUACAGAAUUUCUUAUGCCAACAUUCACGAUGCCAUAAGUCUCAAUCAGAUUGGUGAUGGAACGCAUCCGACUGAUGAGGGCUAUAGGCUCUUUGCUUCUGUGUGGGUGGCUGCCAUCAAUCGAAUCGCGAAGAAGAUCAAGCCGCCACCCAACGUCGAGACGGUCAAUGAUGCCGAGGUCACCAAAACGACCAAAUGCCAGGAAAUUCCCGGAACUGCUCGACGAGUUCAAACUCAACGAGGUAGCGGACACGAUGAUGGGAACUAUGUUCACGAUCGCGUUGAGCGAGGAAUUAUCGAAUCAGGAAAGAUCAUCAAGUACACGAGGACAUCUGCCCCAGGAUCCCCCACAGAUUAUAUGUUCUUUGCGAACAUCGUCAAGGGUGACCCAAACUCACCACGUAGUGCAUCACUCGAUGACCUUGUCUACGCGGCCAUCGAUGAAAGUCAGGAGCUUACAUGGAUGUAUCGUCGAAACUUGGGAGCAGGGGGCUCAUUUGGGCCGACAGUGGAGUUUAAAACGGACCUCAACUGUGGCGUAGACGAUACUUAUGCCUUCGGAGACUUCAACAACAAUGGCCUGGAUGACUUCUUCUGCAUCAAGCCCGGGGCUGCAGUGUGGGCUUCAUUGAAUAAGGCUACUAAGGAUUGCGCCCUGCAGAUCAUCGGCCAGAGCGACAGAACGCAAAGAGAGGUUCGCAUGGCGGACAUUGACGGUGACGGGAGAGUCGACUUCUGCCUAGUCAGCAAUGAUGAUGUCAAGUGUUCCCGAAAUGGCGGAAAGGGAGACGAGAAUUUCUGGCAAGGGUUCCAGACUGCAAGUGGUAUCAGGGAAACUGUGUUCAACGCCAGGAACAAUCUCCCCAGCUACCGAGCGGACUUCCUGUACGUUGGAGACAACGGCAACGUGGACACGUACAUCAACCAGCGCGGAUCGGGGAAGGGUAUUGUCCCUGACUGGCGAAAGGCCGGAGUCACGCAUCCCGGUCAAGCGGCGACGGGUCUCCGUGGCAACAUCAAGUUUGGCCGCAUCUACGGAUCCGGUAGGCUUGAUUACAUUUACAUGAAAGAGGAAGAAGAAUGGUUUGAUAUGAUUGUCUUCGAAAACAAGGGAUCCGGGGGCACAAGACGCAAAGGUGACGGCAACUUUUACUGCGACAUGCGCGGUACUGGCGCUGAUGAUCUCGUUUGGAUCUACUACGACGGCCGAGUGGAUGAGAUCAACACCAACAUCCAUUCCCCACCGAAUUGGGGCCAUGAUACCUCGAUCACGCUGACAGUGCCCGGGCCCCGGAUGGGCAUUCACUUCGCUGAUUGGACCGGAAACGGAAGAUGCGAUGUGCUUGUCCAAAACAAAGCUACCGGGGCUCUGACAUUGUAUGAGAACAAUUACGAUGCUGGCGCAAAGGCACUCACGUUCAGCAAUCGGGGCGUGGUCGCAACCACUGGCUGCACAGAAGGCUGGGGCGUGGGUAUCUUUGAUAGGGGCAUGCGCUUGGCAGACAUUGAUGGCGACGGGCGAGCCGAUCCUAUUUGCAUUGAGAUAAGUGGUCGCAUGACUGCCUGGCUCAAUAGACAGAGUAGCCUUCUCGAUGCUGGCCAGAUCAAAUUUGCAGAAUCAUGGGAUCGCGCUAAUAUACGCUUUGCGGACGUGGAGAACUCUGGGAGGGCUGACAUUAUCUGGAUGAACAAAUACACUGGAGCCAGCACAGUCUUCAAGAACAAUGGCUACCAGAGUGGUGGUGCCGCUGGAGGUUCUUCUUUCUCUUGGACAAACCGCGGCGUCCUCUACAGCGGCGUUGACCGCGGAGAAUGUUUGCACUUCGCGAACCUUGGCGGGCUAGGACGAGCUGAUCUCAUCGAAGUCGACCCUGCAACGAAUGCAGCAUACACCAACUUCAACGAAUGCAACGGAAGCGGCGGCGGUGAUGGCGCCGUCAGUAACCCUGGAUUGCCAUCAUACUCAACCAAUGAUCCGCUCAUCCUCUGGGAUUAUGCUCCUGUGUAUGCCCAAGACAGCAACCCACCAUACCCACCUCUCAAGAAUGACGAUGAGUCCGACAUUGCUAUUGAAAACUUGCGCGAGACUCGUCUGUUUGGAUUUUAUCAGUGCGAUACUGAGACGUUCAGCAACAUCAAAAACGGCUGGCGUGACUUCAACCGCCUCAGUUUGAUGGACCGCCUGUCGAGCAAUAUCGAUUGGAACAGCCAGGGCAUCAAUGAGUUCUUCGGUCAAGGCGACCAGAAGACACUGUCUGACGACAAGAAGAGGCAGAUCCAGAACAUCUUCUACUACACCUCACAGAUGUGGACCCAUUGGUGGACAGACUGGGGUCCUCCUAACUACAUCGACUCGUGGCAGUACCUGUGGAUUGAGGUCUCAUGCAGCCUCAGCGAUGAGAAGACUGCAGAAGACCGUCUGAACUUGGCGAAUUGGGAGCACGCUAGGGGAGGGUAUUGGCUGCACGAGGCGACGCAUAUGGAUUAUUUCAUGAACACACCAUCUUCGGGGUCGGGACCAGUCGUUAGAGACCUCCUUGUCGACUACAGUGACGGUCGCGGAGAGAACAAAGCCUACGGUAUUGACAAUGCUAAGAAAUUAGCCAAUUACGAUCGUCACUUCACACCCGGCGAGUAUACGCAACAAAACUCCGACAACUACAGAUUUUACGCCAUGUCCAGAUGGGUGGAGCCCAAUUCUUUCGAGAGGACCUAUCCCUAUAAGCCGAGCGUCAAUCCUUUUGCGAUGCCUGUGUUCCCGCCUAAAGUUCCCGAUGAAGGGUAG